AUGUUUUCAUUUUUGAAAUUUAACCUACCCAGUACGUUCUUUUCGUUGCUCUGGCAUUCGUUCUUUACGUAUAAUUUAUCUUUGAAUGAAGAUCCACCGAACCGUAUUAACGCCGAAAAAGAAGCGAAGUGUCGAAUCCGUUCAAAUAAGGAAGGCUUCCAAGUUGUUGGCUAUUGCCGAAAAUCGCAAACAAGAGAAGACGAAAGCAACCGACCGCGACUUCUGCAGAUUAUGAUAGAUCGUCUGAAAGAGUGA